AGCAAAAUAUCCAGUGUAGUUUAGAGUUGUUUUUACGGUGUUAAAUUAUCAGAGUUAAAAAGUGUUGAUUCUGGUGUUAAUUUGAAUGGCAUCAACACUUGCAGAGUAACUCAGUGGUCGGAGUCAGCGUAAUUACAGCGAGUUGACAUAAUUGACACUGGUGAUGAGUUGAUCCGAUUUCCGGUUCUUGCACUUACUUCCUUUUUGAUUAAUGGCGGACGACCACGAGGAGAGGAAUAUUGAAACAGAACACGUCACGAGAGACCACCGAUCCGACCUCGAGGACGUUUUGUUAGUUCGCUGGCAAUUUGAGCUUUCAUCAUGCUGGUUAAAGUUCAGUAUCAGGCAAGGUGUAAAUUUGUGAAAUUGCUCCCCGAUCGUACGUUUCAAGAUUUUCUAAAUGAAGUUAAAAGCAAAUUUGGUUUGGCAACAAAAGCAGAUCUUCAAGUCUUUGACACCGACACCAAUGUGGAAGAGGACAUCCUCCAUGAACUGAUCGAAGUCAGUCCAUAUUUAUGCCUAACUGUAAGAUGUUCUGAAGAAAAUAUUACUGCUGGUUUGUCUGAUGAGUUUUCACCCACAAGAUCCUCAACCCCAGCACAUGCACUGAUACUCUUUCACUCUCGUCAACUGACCAUGAAGACGACCGAGAGAGCAGUGCAAAAUCAAACAGCAAUCUGGUCAGCAACACUUAGCACAGACGCCGAAAAUUCUGAACGGGACUUUGCUAUGCUGUUCAAUGCUGAAACAUCCAUCAUGUUUCCUAAGAGGUGGGAGACGGCAUUCAAGCAAAAUAUCAUCAACGAAGCCAAGUCUCUUACUUCAACAGCAGAAAUGCGACGUCUUCUCAAUGCAGCAGGUGGACAAGAAUCUGAAAACGAUUGGGACAGUGACAUGUCAUCUGUUAUGCUGCUGUUGCAUCUCCUGCCUCCUCUGAGGAAGAAGACCUUCCAACAGAGGCUGUUGACAGACUUGUGCAUUUCCAUAAGCCUUGCACCAGUAUUGAAGGCCUUCUCAGUGGGAGGGAGGACCACCAGGCAUUUCUUCUGGGAUCAGGAAGGAUCAAGGGCAGGAUUGACCACUUUUACGUCGCUGUAGACAAGUGCCUUACCCCUUGUUCUGGAACCAGCUCCUUAAGUGCCUUUGAACUUUGUUCACUAUGUCUUCAACUUGUCUUAAGAGGAAGCCCUGGUCAACUUCUUCACCUUCAUACAGGCCACAGUGAGUCUCCGAGAGUCUGUAUUUUAUUGUCGACAAACUUUUCACAGAACAUUAUUCAGAACAUUAUCAUGCAUUUAAAGUACAGAGACUGUGAGUUGGUUGAACUUGUAAAAAGCCAACAGCUUGAAGUUAAACUGGCCUUUUGAUCUGCAGUGUUUUGGGUAAAUAAUAGUGAAUGUUGAUGGCGAAUGUUGUUUGUGCUGGUGUAAUUGCUGCAUCUGUUAAAUAAAAUUUCAAACUGA